AUGGAAAUGUAUCCAAGUCCAACCUCAGGGGAAGCUCCCGGCCCUCCUCCAUACAAUGAACCCAGGAGCUGCAAUUCGGAGAAGCUCAAGGAGAGCUUCUCGCUAAUCGUGCACAACCAACUCGAUAUCCAGAGGUUGUUUAGAUCAGUCGCUGGGCAACUUGAGAACACGAAUCAGAUCGGUGAAGACCAUCCACUAUGUAACGAAUGGAACGGGUUAAGACAGACACAUCGCAAGCUCUACCGUGAUUCACAGCAGAAUGCCGCUCAAUGUGCUAGCUUUCUCAACAAUUACGCUGUCAUACUUAUCCCACUGUCACGAUCCUCCAUGUCGCUGCGAGAGAAGAGGUUUAUGAUCGAGAAGUUCUUGGAGGCAAUACCUGCACAUCUCAACAGCGCGAAGAAAAUCACUGAGAGAUUUCACGAGCUAGGAAAGGAGGUUGAAGGAUUCCAGCUGAAGGUUGCCAGUGCCCUUCGUACCAAAGCGGAGUCCUCGGGAUUUUUUGAGAACUUGUGGACCGGCUUGGAAGAGCUCUGUAUGUCCAUAUGGCAGGCGCUCAGGAAGCUGCUUGUCCAAAUUGUGGACACCUUCAGGGCGAUGCUUUCCCGCAUCCAGACCAUUCGCUUCUCCUGCGUCGGCAUUCGCAUAGACAUUGAAAUGAGGCGAUACACUCCACUCACGUCGCACACGCCUCAACCUUUAUCCAGAACUGUUGCGCGGCAAGUUAAGGAGGACUGCAAGGAAAUCAGCGAUAACCUUUCGGUCUUCGAGGAUGCAUGGCAUAUUGUCGGGCUCUCCUGUAGCGAGCUCCUGUUUAGUGUGGCUAUGGCUAAGAGUCUGGCGCCCAUCCCGGUGGCGUGCGACAGGAACCUGAAGUCGACAGAAGCGACGUACCUCCCUUUGGUGGAAUGUUUGCGCGCGUACUCCACUGGGCAGACACCUGAAUUCUAG